AAUGCUAGGAAUCAAUAUUAGAAGCCGAUUAAAAUACAGAAAGAAGUGGCGGUGUUCCGGGUCUCCUUCUCCUCCCUCCUCCCUCCUCUCCCCUGAACUUCAAUUUUCAAUCUAUUGUGUCUCAUCUUGUCGGCACUUUUCGAUCUUCCCCAACUGUCCCUUCAUUGGACAAACCGAACCUCCCCCUGCUGUCACCCCUGAUCCGUUAUGACCCCUUCUCCGACCUGAUCUCGUACCAAGUUCUGGUUCUCUCCGACCGCCGCCAUGGCCGGAAGCAACGACGUCGACGCCAGUGAUUCCAAGAAGGUUGUUCCACUCAACACUUGGAUUCUGAUUUCCAAUUUCAAGCUUGCUUACAACUUGCUUAGAAGGGCAGAUGGCACUUUUAACCGUGAUUUGGCCGAGUUUCUCGACCGGAAAGUCCCGGCGAACACUAUUCCGGUGGACGGUGUCUACUCGUUCGAUGUCGUGGACAGGGCAACCAAUCUGCUGAACCGGAUAUAUAGACCCGAACCGGAGGAUGAAUCGGAUUGGGGCAAGGUGGAGCUCGAGAAGCCCCUGAGCACGACCGAGAUUGUGCCCGUGAUCGUCUUCUUCCACGGCGGGAGCUUCACUCAUUCCUCCGCCAACAGCGCGAUCUACGACACGUUUUGCCGUCGGGUUGUCAAGAUCUGUGGGGCCGUCGUCGUUUCGGUCAACUACAGGCGAUCACCCGAGCACCGGUACCCGUGCGCGUACGACGACGGGUGGACUGCACUGAAUUGGGCCCACUCGCGGCCGUGGCUGAAGAGCGGGCCCGACAGGCGGGCCCACGUGUACCUGAUGGGCGACAGUUCCGGCGGGAACAUCGCCCACCAUGUCGCGGUCCGGGCCGCAGAGUCGGGCGUGGACGUCUCGGGGAACAUACUCCUGCACCCGAUGUUUGGCGGAGAGAAGAGGACCGAAUCCGAGACGCGUUUGGACGGGAAGUAUUUCGUCACGGUCCAAGACCGUGACUGGUACUGGAGGGCCUAUUUGCCCAAAGGAGAAGACCGGGACCACCCGGCGUGUAAUAUAUUCGGGCCCCGAGGAAUCAACCUCGGGGGUCUGGAUUUUCCGAAGAGCCUGGUCGUCGUGGCCGGACUCGACGUUUCCCAAGAUUGGCAAUUGGCAUAUGUUGAAGGACUUAAGAAGUAUGGGCAAGAUGUGAGGCUCUUGUUCCUAAAGGAGGCGACCAUUGGGUUCUAUUUCUUGCCCAAUAACGACCAUUUCUUUACCCUCAUGGAGGAAAUAACCAAUUUUAUCCAUCCAUAUCCAUCCUUUAGCUGUCCUUAGCAAUUUAGCAUGUCCAGAAAGUUCGUGACCCGGGCAUCGUGCCCGGGUCAUUGAUCUAAUUAUCCGGAUCUAGAAGUAGCAACCCACCGGGUGAGUGGGUUUUAUAUAUGCUUAUUUUGUUCUUAUAAAGAAAGCCUAAUUUUAGUAAUAUAUGGAUUUGGGAGAGUCAUAAACAUAUAGAUUUGUCUAUGUUGCCAAAAGACAUACUCCCUCCGUCCCCAUAAGAUGUUCUCAUUUUGACUUUUGGUUGUUUUUAAGGAGAGUUGAAAAAAGGUGAAAGUUUACCAUAAUACCCUUAAUGAAAAAUGGGUGGAGUGUAUUAAAUGAGGUGGGUGAGGUGUAAUAAAUAAAGUAAGUGGGGGUAGUUGUGCGUGUUGGGCGGUGCUCCUUGGACCACACGGCAAGAAGGAGAGCAAAUCCCAUUCUAAGUGGGAUUGCUCUUGAUUUGUUUCCUUGUUCAUAUUUAGUGAUUUGUUUCCUUGUAGGAAUAGAAUUCCUUUUGUGUUUUGGUCUUUAUCCUCUCCUAUAAAUAAAGGAGAAACUCCUUGUACUUAGCAGAACAAUUCAAUAUACAGAAUAUUUUCCCUCUUAUUAAUUUCUUCAUGGUAUCGGAGCAAGAUUCCUAGGGAAAAACCCUAAUCUAGACAUACGACGGUCCAUCACCGUCCUCCGCCGGUUCAAGCCUGUCUUCCGCCGGAUCACCGACAUCGACCGCCGGACUAUCCUCCUCGACCGUCGACAUGGCAGAAGUAGAAGAAAAUCUCGUCGGCAAGCUUUUCGAUGAGGAAGAAAAAAUCCCUACGAAGGGAAGUUCUUACGAACUCAAGAACGCAGACACACCUGGAUUAAUUAUCACCCAAGUCAAACUAAACGGUGAUAAUUAUG